UUUUAUCCCAGUGUCCUUCUUUAAUUCACACCUGUUUUUAAACUCUCCUUUCAGAGUUUCUGUUUCCUCUCUUAUCUUCCCUUUCCUCUUCUACCUCUCCUGUCCCUCCCUCUCUCCCCCCUCCCUCUGUCUCUCUCCUUUCUCCUCGCUCAGUGAGUCGCAGUAAAUCCUAUUGUGAUGCUAAACUGAUUUUUGGACGAGACAGAGAGAGCGAGAGAGGGAGAGGGAGAGUAAGGUUUGGAUUUGUGUUUGAGCAGAUCUGAUUCGGGCUGCCUCUCGUUCAUGUGGAAGUUUGAUGGCCUUCUCCUCUCCGUAAACUUUUAGGACUCCCUUCAGACUCCUACGGAGAAGUUUCGGGGUGUUUUUUAGGAGUUUCUCCGGCGGAGGAUCCGCCGCUCUGCGCGCUCCAGGAAUGCACUUUGCAGGAAACGCAACUCGGUGCACGGACACCUCCUGCUCUCUUCGCUCUUAACGAGGAGUUAUAAAUGAAUGACGGCAAUGCGCUCGUGAAGGAGAGCUCGUUUUCUUCAUACCGGUCCCCCCUCCCCUCCACCUCCUCUUUAUCCUCCUCAGGCUGAGGACACAGGAGCCGGGAGUGUGCGCUCCCCUGGCCAGGCAUGGAGAGAGGUGGCCGGGCGGGGCUCCAGCAGGCGGCGGGCGGUGGAGGAGAAGGAGGCGGCUGGGUGUUGGUGGAGGCCCGGCUGCAGGGAGGAGCGCCGUGGGGCUUCACCCUGCAGGGUGGCCUGGAGCACGGAGAGUCGCUCAUCAUCUCCAAGGUCGAGGAAGGCGGUAAGGCGGACAGUUUGGAGCAGCCUCUGCGGGUAGGCGAUGAGAUUGUCAUCAUCAAUGACAUUGAGCUGACCGGUUACCGUCAGGAGGCCAUCGCUCUGAUAAAAGGAUCGUACAAGACUCUGCAGCUCACCGUCCGCAGGGAGCUUGAUCCGGGAUACAUCGAAGAGUUUAUGCCUUCAACGGCUUCUCUUCCUGCUCUUCCUGCUCCUCCUCCUCCUUCUUCCUUUCCAUCGCCACCACCACAAGAACAACAGCAACAAAAAACGCACCGGUCAUCACGUCACAGCCCACCAUGUUCGGCAGUCCAACUACGCAUCAGAAACAGACGCGCUGAGCCGGCAUCUCGUCCUCAUUCAUGGCAUUCAUCAAAGCUCGAUGAAGGCCAGCAGGAGCUGGACCCAGGAGCAAUGGACAGCAUGAGCAGCACGUGGCACCACAACUACCACGCCAGUGUCUCGACCAACGAUCUGUCCGGCGGAUUCGACUCUGGCUACCUGAGGAAGAGUCCGGACCAGUACAGCUCCAGGGGCAGCAUGGACAGUCUGGACCAUCCCCAGUCCUCCCAGCUUCACUCUGGAGCUCAGCACCAGCACUCACUGGGCCACCACAGACUCAGUGGACCCCACCCAGCCUACUCCUCCUGCCACCAGCUGUCCUCAGCCAGGUCGUCCAACAGCAUUGAACACUUGCACAGCAAGAGAGACUCUGCCUAUUACUCUUUCUCCACUAGCUCCAGCAUCCAAGAAUACCACGCCUCCACCCCCUCAAUCAGCCCAGAGCGCUCCAGUUCACUGGACACCGUCCCUCAGAGAGCAGGGGGAAGUGGCGAGAUGCACCAGUCUGACAUGCGUUACGCCCCGUCAGUUUACGACACCCAGCAGGGCAUCUUUCAGGAGCACGAGCUGAGCUCCAACUCUGCCGUGUUCUUACGCAACAGCGACUCCAGGGGCGGAGCCAGGUCAGGGAUAGGUCGAGAUCCACAAGCUUCAGCUAGCGGGGUCUGUUACCGUGGCAGCAGCAGCAGCACCAGUGGUGCACCGGCAUCAAACAGGCACAGUGUAGGACCAAUAUGGGCCCCGGCAGCGAACCGCAGCUCCUAUGAGAGCCUGAAGGGGGCGCCUGCUCCACCAAGGCGCAGUGAUAGUUAUGCCGUCAUCAGGAACCACGAGAGACCAAACUCCUGGUCCAGUCUGGAGCACGCCAGAUCACUACGGUCUCUGCAGAAAGGCUCCUGGCAUCACUCCAGUGGUAACGUUGCCUCAGCUAAAGGCUCGUAUGGUGCUGAGGGUCAGCUCCACACGGUGAUAGAGAAGAGUCCAGAGAGCAGCCCCACCACAAGGCCCGUCAGGGUGGGCUUUCCUCAACCCCCGUCCCCUACCGGGCCUUCCUCUGGAUCUGCAGACCCCACGCCACAGGCCAGCCGGCUUAUUCUUCCUACCAGCAUUUACCCCGUUCCCCAGCCUGAGCCACACUACGCACAGAUGCCCAACUCCCCCAGCCCAGGCCCCUCUGGAGUCUACCCAGCCUUGGCCAAGGAGAGCAACCGGCAACAGCAACAUGAAGGAGCAACAGAGGGGCAGAGAGAUGGAAGGAUGUCAGCCACAGAAAAUGGAUACCCAACUAACACUUCAUCCUACCCCCACAGCUCUUACCCAACAGACAGGCAUCAACAGGAAGAGUCCAACUUUGGACCCUACAACCCACACAUCAAAACUACUGGAGGGGGAACAGAGAGCGAGAUAGUGGUCCAAAGAGCCCAGAAUCAUCAGAGCGUCCAAGAGCAGAAACAGGAUUUUCAUAUUCCCCAAAAUUACUCAGCCCCUGAACUCAGGCGUGCAUCACCACAGGAGAGGAGCGACCCCUAUGCACCUGUCCAGUCCUGGGGAGACCAAAACAGAUCAGUAGACCAGUCCAGUGUUCAUUCAGAGCCAGUGGCAUCUUCCAGGCUCACCCAUGGACAGGUUCCACCCAACCACUCACCUGGUCAGCCCCAGGCUCAGGCUCCACCCUCUUCCGCCUCACAUCAUUCUCCCCGCCACCUCAGCGAUUCAUCCGCUCUGCAGUACCAGAACUGGGACCACAGAGAGCAGGACAAAGAUAAAGAGCAUCCACUGACACGCCUGGAGCUCGCCCUUGCCGAGGUCCAGCGGUGCGGCAGCCCUGAAAGCGAUGCCCCCCAAGGGCCCGCUCGCAGCCUCUCCGUUUUGGAGAAAGUGAGUCGCUUCGAACGUCAACAACGCAACGGAAAGCAGCGCAGUCACAGCACCUCGCACAACAAGGCCCAUCUACGGAAUCAGAUCACAGACAAAGGCCGCAGUGCCCCUUGUGGAACAGAGGACCUCAGAAACAUGCUGGAGAGAAGCACCAAGGGCAUCAAAGUCCAAAGGACUCCGAGCUACAGAGGAGGCAGCAGUGAGCAUAUGAAACCCAGAACUCCAACAGAUCCAGUUUCAGCCCUGCAGAGGAGUCGCAGCAGCUUCCAUCUAGAUGGAUCCAAGGAGGAGGACAGCAGCAAGGACUUCCCCUGGAGACAAGAAAUCCAAGAGAUCAUGGCCCCAAUGCAGGACACAUCCACAAACAGAUCUUACAGGGACUCCUUGAAAGACGCCCAGUCUAAGGUCCUACGAUCCACCUCCUUCAGACGGAGGGACCUCACCUCAUCUGGCAGUGCCCAGCCUCCUCCAGCUCCUCCUUCUGUCUCCUCCUCCGGCAGCCAGCAGCCUCCACCCGUCCCUCCCAAAUACCACUCACUGGAGAAAAAAGGCCCCACAACCAUGCCAAAGCCACGGGGCAUUGUCAUCACGCCGCAGUCACAACCUCUGGUCACUUCCCCUCACACCCCCAAGGAGAGGCACGUGGUUACUCCCGAUGUUCGAGGCCCUAGCCCGCCACCCCUCCCCAGCGUCCCACCUGUUGGACAGCCUGCUCUACCGCGGAUUUGUGGCCGCAAGCGUUUGACGGCAGACCAGAAGAAGCGCUCAUACUCAGAACCAGAGAACAUGAACGAGGUUGGAAUUUCUGACCCAGAGACUGUGUCCCUAUUCCGACGUGGAGGAGAAACCAGUGUGGCAGACCGUCGGAAGAUGUUUGAACCUGCUGCAGGUUCAGUUGGGAGUGGAGCUUCUCAGAAUGCCAUUUCAAGGUCCGACCUGCGACAAGUGCAGCAAGAAGCUCUCGCCAAGUACAUGGAGAGAAGGAGAGGCGUGAGGAAAGAUGAGGGAGCACAGAGGAGCAUCUCGAGGCCUCGCAGUGCUUAUUUUCAGCCUGAAAAUGUUAACCAUGCAGCCUCCUCCUGUUACUCAGACACCGUCAGCCUCUCCUCCGCUUCCAGCCUCCUCUCCCUCCAAGACCCAUUUCCAGCUUCUCCUCAGGGGGAGAAGCACCCUGACUCAACCCUCCUUCCUGACCUGCGGAGCCACCAGUCUAACUUCUUCUACCCAGGCAGGGUCACCACACCGAGGCCACCAGCUCACCCACCGUCAAGCACUCCUUCUGGCUCCAGUCUUGAUCAGAUCUACCAGGAUCUUGUUCCUGAAGCAGAGCUCAGGAGACACAGCCAGUCAUCCAUCAGAGAGCCGAGCCUGAGCCGUGAACAGCAGGUCGCAGAGCCUCAAGUCAACCGGGAACUGUCUAAGCAGCUCAAUGUUGCUCUGCAGAAGGCUGGGUCAGCUCACAAAACCGGGAAGUCAGCCUCAGCUGAGAAUCUCCUGGAGCGAUCUGAGGACACGCGAGCCCCCCCUCAGCACUUUCGCUCUCGUUCAUCCCCCAUCAUGGAGAGACUAAAUGAGGACUUCCUUCCAGACGAUGUCCGGAUGUUUGGCGUCUUCAUCUCCGAACAUGAACGCUGUGCUCUGGCUGCCGACAGACCUGCAAACGUCCAUGUACCAGAAGGCUUCAUCUCUCCAUCCCAGAACAGCAUGAACACCUCCCAGCCCAUAGGACCCUCUAAAGGCGUCUCCCAAACACCGGUCAUUCGUAAGGAACGGCAGAGGAACAGCGAGCGCCAGCGUGCCCAAAGCACCUCCACCUUGGCGGCCUCUGUUGGCCUGCCCUACCCCUUGUCCCAACCCAGGACUCAGGAAAGAGGCAGCGAUGAGUGGCAGUCAAGCGAGAGGUUGAGCCAGGCCAAUCUGGCCGGCAUCACUUUCCCUGGCAUCCAGCAAACGAGUGUAGGCAGUGGUGAAGAAAGUGACGUUUCUGGUGUUGAACAUGAAAAACAGAGUAGACACAGUUUGAGUGAUGCCACCCUGUUAGAGGACACUGCAAAGCACACUUACAGAGGCAGAGCCUCCAGUUUAGAGAUGAGAGGCGGACUUUCUGAAGAAAAUGUCAAACCAGUGUCCCCAGUGACACCAACCUCACCUAAAAGGAAGGGUAGCGGAAGCAGCACAUCCUCUCCGCUGCCGUUCUCCCAUCCGACUGUCCACCUGUCCUCACUGCGAAUCUCAGAGACCAGCCUCUUUGGCUCCGUCAGCCAACAGCAACCUCCCGAAACUUCCACAGGCACACCACUGGAGGACUAUGACGAGGUCUUCCUCCAAAAUCCUGCACCACCUCCUCCACCUUUUUCUCCUCCAAUCAGGGAGACAAACAUCACUGAGGAUUUCCCUCCUCCACCUCCUCCUGUGGAGCUGGAGCAGGAGACUAAGGAGGAGACAGUGGGAAGUUCCACUUCGGAGUUCUCCACCAUCUCCACAAGAAAGUCUUUCCCCCAGUCUUUACCAGUCAGCUCUUCUUCUGUGCCCAGUCAACUUCCUUCAUUGGAACCCUCCACCAUCACUCCAACCACCACAUCCGCCACCACAGAGGACAACCUAAGUCUUGAGUACCAGCCGCUGCCCAAAAGGGAGAAGACAUCUGAAGAGCUGAGAGUGGAGGCUCUGGCUCAGCAGUUGGUGUUGCAGGACCCCUCUCUAGCACCCCUCUUGGACACGUGGGGAGGUAAAUCCACUAUAGAGCUAUUGGAGGAGAUCUUUCCAAACAGCAAAUUGUUUGGGAAAUCACAAUGGACCCACGGAGGCAGCGGCCAAGAGGAUGACAGGACCCAGGCUGGCAUCUGUGAUCCUGCUCAGAGCACGGCGGCAGAUCAAAAGACGGAGACCAAUCUGGAUGAAGAAGACAAGGAUCUCAACACCAGGAAGGUGGAGCUGUGUGAAGCUCUUAGGCGCAGCGUGGUGGCUCUGAAGCAAGAGAAAGAGGCGCUGUGUGAGGAGCAGAAGCAUCACAAGUCGCUGGGGGAUAGCAUCGAGACAAUGGUGCAGGACCACCUCAAAACCAACGAGAAGGACAAGUACAGCGUGUUCAUCGGUGAUCUGGAGAGGAUCGUGAACUUGCUGCUGUCUCUGUGCAGCCGGCUGUCGAGGAUUGACAGAUCUCUGCUCGCUCUGCAGAGAGACGGGCUGUCGCCAGAAGAAGCAGCUGAAGAGAGGGACUCCCUUAAUCACAAGCGCUCUCUCCUCCUUCGCCAAACCGAAGACGCUCGAGAGCUGAAGGAGAACCUGGACCGGCGGCAGCGCGUGGUCCACGCCAUCCUGUCCAGUUACCUCAGCGAACCCCAACUCCAAGACUACCGGCGCUUCGUCAGCACCAAGCCCUCCCUUCUGAUCCGCCAGCGACACCUGGACGACCUCAUACGACGGGGAGAGGAGCAGCUGACGCGAUUGGCCGAGAGCCUACCAGCAGAGCUGGCAGAGGCCAACGGCUGGCCUGCAGCAAGCCCCGUGCCCUGCUCUUCUUUGUUUCCACCACUGCUUCCACCUGCUACAAUUAUAAGCCCUAGCCACAUGGUCAGAUCUACCACUGUGACAUCACUGUGACAUCACGAACAUGAAGGACAGGUAGCACCAUAAAAAGUGAAGGAGCUUUACAUGAAGGAUGCCACAAAACAGGCUCCGCCCAUUUUGAAAUGACUAUGCAGGCUUCACACAUGAAGAAAAGCCUUUAAUGUGCCUCUUUCUGUUCACGCCUGACUGCACAUUAGGCCUCUGUUCACCUGAACACCAGCAGCUAGACAAUAUUUCUAACCACACUCUGCUCCAAUGAGUGAUUUUAAGAUCAGAGGAAUACCAGGAAAGUUUAUCAUCAAAUCCUUCAAAGGACAAUUCCAGCAUGGUGGAUAAUUUUCUCCAUUUUUUUAAACACUUAGACCUUUUCUGCUUUUUGGGGUUUUUUCUUGUUAUAUAUAUCCUGCUUCAGUGAUAGAUUAAACAUGGCCAAAGUUUCAGACUGUUCACUUUUUUUCUACUCUGGGAUCUGUGUGGUGUCAUAAAGAGGGGAUACCCAGUGUUUCCCACACAUAUCCUUCUUACCCAUUUCUCAGUUUGUACUUCCUCCUCUUCUUCUUGCAUCUUAGUUCCUCCCACCAGAGAACUGAAAAGAGAAAGUGAGGAAGAGACACAAGGAAAGAGGAAGAACAAAAUGAGGCACUGCUGCUUUAAAACGAUCUCUGUUACACAUCAAAUGUGGCAUAUAGUUCCUACUGAUGUAUUUUACGCAGCAAGCCUUCAUUAGCUUAUCAAAAAAAUCCACAAAAAAGGAGUCCUGGAAGUGCAAGUAAUGAGAGGUAGAUGAAGAGACCAACAGGACUAUUUAUACACACUCAAAUGUGUAUAUAUAGUCCUGAGGCACAGGUGGGAACAGUCACACACAGGUGAAACUCAUGAGUGCAGGGCAGGCAAUCUCAAAAGUGGAAGUAAAACCACAACGAGACACACAAAGACAGAAUAAAAGACAGACAUAGCUUCCAGGUUUAAAAAGUAAUGUCAACAUACAAGUGCCUUAAAACUGCAUUCUUCAUAAUGGACACCAGAGGGCGAUAAGUGGUUACAAAAAUGCCUCUGGUUCUAUGGAAGUCUACAGGAGCACAGUUCUCUGCUGUGACCUAUGUAAACAUUUUCCUGAUGAGUUUAUGGGCUCAGUCACAAAAAAAUCAAAGCUUCAAAACAUGUGACACCACAGUGGCUACAGAAAACAGGUCAUAGCCAAUUACAUAAAGAACACUGAAGCAGAAACACAUAGAAAGGACAGGAAAAUAACACGCUGGAGACUAUUUAUGAAUACAAAAUAAUGCUUCAGUGUGGAGGCUUUCAGGCAUAAAACACCAGAGGGAAAACACUUGUGUAUCUUCACUCUGCUCUGACCUCCAGAUGUUUUUUAGAAACUGGGACAUCCUUCAAGAUGAUUCUGUUAGACUGAUUUCCAGGUCAGGGCAGGAGGAGAAUGCACAAAAAAGAGCAAUGAAAAACCCUGUAGACUAUGUGUACUCAGGUCCGCCCGUGUGAGAACACCAUCCAUGGUAUAGUUACUAGUGGACAAUCUCCUUGCUUUUCUAUUCUGAUUUCAUCCAGCUGCUUCUCUGCAAAGGGUGUUAUCCUUUGUUUAGAUGGACUUAAACUCCACCACCUGCAGUUGUUGUACAAGUUGUACAAUGGGGUCAGCCAAUCAGAAGUAAGAGCUAAAUCCGCUUGUUACAGGCAGACUUGCCCCAGUAUAAGAUAAAUAAAGAUUAUUUUGAACUGUUAAUUAUGCAAAGCUACUGUAGUAGAGCCCAAGAAUAAAUUAUAUGGAGGUGAAUUUAAUAUUACUACACUGGAAUUGUCCUUUAACUGACUGGUGAUGCUUUCAGGAGCCUCAAACAUUCAGACCACGAGGUCUUUCUAUCUGAUAGCUGGUGCACAUAAGCAGUUAUCUCCCAAAGAGAAAGCACCACCAUCUUUAAAAGAUCAUCAUCUUUCUACAGAGCCUGCCUCACUCUCACGUCACCUUAACCUUACUGAACACCAAAAUCAGAGGGACUACGAUCUUGUUUCACUGUUUCACUGGACAGAAAGCAAAAAAAAUCCUGAAGAUGAGCUGUAAUCGUCACUGUCAUGUUAAACUGUAACACAACUACUGCCACUGCUGUCUGCACAUCUGCAGCUUGUAGCACUUUGUAGCAGUCCCACUGCUGUUUGCAGCAGAAAUCACACUGAUCCAUAAACACUGUCGUAUGCCUCUCAUCAAGUCUGACGCUUCACGAGGAAAAGUUCCGAUUCCAAAGACUUUCCCAGGCUGAGAUUUCUUCCAGAUUUCAUCUUGGUUCAAUUUUGGACUUCGGAGGGGUUUUUUAUGUCAGAAAUGUUGACAGCUACAGUAGUCACCUUAAAAUCCACUGAUUUCCAACAGAUAUCAACUUAAAAAAGAAUAAUCGGAAAAAUAACCCAAAGAUAUUUAACUUUGUGAUGAUGAGAAGAAGCAAACCUUUACAAUUGAGAGGUUGUAAUGUUCUAACUUUCGGAUCAUUUAUAGAAACAUUUUCAGUUCCAGGAAACCUUUAAAUUAAUAAUGUUUCCCACUGUGUAACAUGACAUUUUAUUUUAAUUAUCCUUCUUUCAGAAACUUCUCCAAAUGACUUUCAGUUUCAUAGAAAACUGAGAAACAUAUUUUUAAACUCCUUUCAGUCCAGCUCUCCCAGAGAAAAGAAAGACCCACACUGUAAACCCUUUAGACGCCAGUUUUAUCGCUUUAUUUUUAAGCCGUGCAUCAGUUUCUUCUCUUAUCCAUCCAUUCAUUCGUUUUCUGCCACUUAUCUGAGUGCAGGCUGUGGGAGUAGCAGUCUGAGCUCCCCUUUCCCUGGCCCCCUCCUCCAGCUCUUCUAUUAGCCAAGAGAUCUAAUCUCUCCAAUGCAUCCCGGGUCUGAACCAGGCCUCCUCCCAGUUGGACAUAACAUAAAACACCUCAUUUAGGCGGAGGAGGCAUUGUAGUAUGUCAUUUAACCUCAGCUCUUUCUCCCUCUCUGCCUGACACCAUUUAAGUCCUAGCAGAGGAUGAAGAAAGAAACACCAUGAAAAUACCCGUAGCCUUACUCUAUGUGUCGGAUCCAACAUCACUGCGCUGACAUUUUAACACAAAUUCAACUGGUGGCUGUUUUUUUUUUUUUUUUUUAAAUUGUUAAUCUAAAAAUUUCAGGAUGUAGGACCUGAACUUUUUUGGCCUUUGAAGCCAGGCGUCCCAGGAAAAAAUUAAAAUAUGAGUUCUGUUACUCAAUGAGAUUAUUUCUCAAGCUGUGUUUACACACGUACCUGAACAGAGAUGUUCAGAUUUAAAACAUUAUGGUGAUAAAACUGACUUAAAUCCCUUUAAUUCUGUUUCAGUUGACCCCACUGAUUUCUUACCUAAUUAAAUUUAGGUAAUUUUUUUUUUUAAACACACAAAGUACAAAAGGAAACAAGUGCAAAAUGGUGACCUUUUUAUUUUUAAUCUUAACAUUUUUUCUUUGUUUGAUACAUUUUUGUCAUAUCUGGGCUUCCAUAGAUCCUCCGUGACUCAUUGCAGGAUUAGGUUUAUAAACUUUUCUCACCUUGCUGUAUAACAGGCACCAUUUGGCUUCCCUUCCCUUCAUACAAACUCCGAAUGGUUUCAUUUCUGCAGUAUAUGAUAUUUAUUUGCUUCUGAUCAGUGGAGGGUUUUUAUCUUUUAUUCCACGCCUACGUGUUUAGUUUUGAGAGCACCUUUUAAAUAUUCUCCAAGCAGUACAACACACACACACACUGCCGUAUGCCCUCGUCUAUAACCCCAGUUGUACUGUUGAUUACUGUUUAUUUUCAGAGGCACUAAAGAAUAUCUCGAAAAGAUUCUGUUUUAUUGUUGAAUGAAAUUCAAUGUUUGUUUUCUGAAAGACUUAAGAACAAUAAAUAAAAAGUAACAGCUUUUUUUUUUGCUAAAUAAAUGUUUUUUGUAAAUAC